AUGCCAGGCCCCCAGGGGGCCGGAGGAGCCCCCACCAUGAGCUUCGGCAAGCUCUCGCCUGUGGGCUGGGUGUCCAGCUCGCAGGGGAAGAGGAGGCUGACAGCAGACAUGAUCAGCCCCCCACUCGGGGACUUCCGCCACACCAUGCACGUUGGCCGUGGCGGUGACGUCUUUGGUGACACCUCCUUCCUCAGCAACCAUGGAGGCAUCUCUCGGGGCACACACCGCUCGCCCCGCGGCUUCCUGGCCAGGAAGCUGCAGCUGGUGCGGAGAGUGGGGACGCCACCCCGGAGGAUGGCCUCCCCGCCUGCACCCUCACCCGCCCCACCCGCCAUCUCCCCCAUCAUCAAGAAUGCCAUCUCCCUGCCCCAGCUCAACCAGGCGGCCUAUGACAGCCUUGUGGUCAGCAAGCUCAGCUUUGACAACAGCCCUACCGUCUCCACAGAUGGCAACUCCAGUUACGGCCUGGACUCUGGGUUCUGCACCAUGUCCCGCCUGCCGCGCCCGGAAAAGCCUCGAGACCGUGACGGAGACCGUGAUAGCUCCUUCCCGUCUGAGCCUGAACUCCGCCGCUCUGACUCCCUCUUGUCCUUCCGCCUUGACCUUGACCUUGGGCCCUCCCUCCUCACUGAGCUGCUGGGGGUCAUGAGCCUCUCAGAAGCCCCUGCAGCGGAGACCUCAGCCCCAGCAUCCAUCACAAACCCUCCAGCUCCCACCGCAAACCCCCCAGCCCCAGUCCCUGCCACAAACCCCCUGCCCCAAGGACGCUGCCCCAACGGGGUAACCACUGGGUCAGGCCCAGGGACUGAGGCAAGGCCCAACCCAGUGCAAGAGGGUCCCUGUGCACCUGGUGACAUGACCCCCGGCAGGGGCUUAGGGGACAGCCACUACCACACCAAGAUGGAUGCCUGGCGGGAGCUGGCAGAGGAGCCUCCCCCAGUGCGGGCCUCCUGGGAGAGCCUGAACGAAGAGUGGGGGGCCUCCCAGGCUGGCAGCAGGGCCCCGGUGCCCAGCACAGUCCAAGCAAAUGCCUUUGUGUUUGCUGAUGCUGAGGAAGACGAUGAGGUCAAGGUGUGA